AAUCCGUGUGUGGCAAUAGUCUACUUGGGCUAGUCGCUCUAUUUUGCAGUGUCAUAAGGUUGGUGUCUUACAGCUGAACGUUUGAGGUGUAUUGAAACUUAACACCCCAAACAAGGAAAUCAACACAUUUACAAGAUGCGAUUCAGGCAGAGGUGACUUUUCGCCUGUCGGAUGCGCAAAUGACAGUUUGGAUGCAACUCGGACCGAGAUAGUGCGAUUCAUCUUCCUCUGGUUCGGACGGUGUCAAAACAUGAAGAGGAAAAGGACUCGCAAGAGGCCGGACAGGGCAGAUGCCCCGAAACAAACCCCCAAGAAAGGCAAGAAGCGCCAGAAAGAAGGGAGGACUCAACCACCAGCCGGUGGAGCCCCGGCCAAACCACAAGAACAAGAUGAGGACUGCGUUACUGGUGUUGAAACCAGAGAGGUGGAGGUGGAUGCGGAGCAUCAGACUACCACAGAGGCACCUCAGUGCAGCGAUGACCAGGCAGCCAGAACCUCAAAUGAAGACUUGGGGACACCUACCCACUCAAACCAGAAAGAAGCUCAAAUGAGAGAUGUUGAAAGACAGACAAGAACUGUCCCUCACAGGACCCAGGGGACCCAGAUAGAAAACACUGGCACCACAGUCACCAAGCAGAACCAAACGCAAGCUGACAUCACAGUGCAGAGUGAGGAAAAGAUGAAAAAUGUGUGCACACAAACAGACCUAGUUCUGCAGACGACACAGGGAACCCAGACAGACCCUGACAGCACCAUGGCUGUCACACAAGAGCCACCUCAGGCUAAGAGUCCAGAGGGCAGUAAGGAGAGGGACAAGAAAGCAGCAUCCUCACCUGAUGGAGGGCAGCGGCAGGGGUCUCUGAAGGAAGAGGGAGAUGGCAAGAGAGGCCACAGACAACAACAGGCGUCUCAGAAAGAAACAAAGCAACAGAAGUCAGAAAAGGACACUGACAAAGCAUCAAAAGAGGGUAAUGCCCAAGUCACAUCCCAGAAUCUAGAGGAGAGAGGUGGGGAGGGAGGUGUGGAUGAGAGAGGUGUGGAGAAGAUGGACACGGGUCCAGACGUGGAGGUGGGCUCAUCCACCGACCCCCCUGACCUUCAACAGAGCCGUACGUACGCCCAGGCUGCAGCCAACACCACUGGGUCCCAGACGCCGCCCGUGCAGGGUCAUAACAAGACCCCAAGAGGACAACAAACCCAAAACAUGGAUACGAGCCAAAACCAGUCAACACCACCAAAGCCAAAAUGUCCAGAUGGCCCUGUGUUCACCAUUCAUAUGUACGCAGUGUUGGACAAGAAGUUCAAGUUUGACCAAAGUACAGGCCAACUGUUUCUGAUGUCAGGCAAUUAUUACAGAGAACUUAGUAUUACACAUCUGAGGGGGCAUGGCAAAGAAGAGAUCCUCAUUGAGGCAACAUGUUCUUUGCCAAUGGCUGACGUACCAUAUGGACAAAAUCUCUGGUAUCAUUAUGGUGUGCAACAGAAACAGAAGCAAAUACAAGAGAUGGCCACAAGAUGUAUUCAGAUUCCAUUUGAUCGUCAAGUAAAAGAACUGAUUGUCUAUGAGGGCUACAUAACUUGCUCUGAAUCCUGGACUGGGCGGCUCCUCAACUGGAUGAGAUCUAAUGAGAAAGCUAUAGGUGAAAAAUGGCAAGCAUCAGCUAGCCUUCUCCUGGACAGAAUCUUUCAGAAAUGGGACAAAUCCGACAUGUCCUCUGUUGAGUUACUAGUGAAGCAUUUAAAGUGUUAUCAGCAGGCUUUUGGCGAUACUCGGCACAUCUCAUAUGGACAGAAUUGGAAUCCACCGGCACUUCCAGUCUCAGAGCAAAUAGCAGCACAGCUGGCUCAACUGCUGUCUACAGGUGAAGGGAAAAGUAAACAGAAAUGUCCCCAACACCUGUCUGGGAAGCCGCUGCUGACUGGCUUCUUCGUCUUCCAAAUUGCCAAUGCAUGUGGCAUCAAACUCGACAUGCAAGACCUGGCCAGACUGUGCCGAUUGGUGUCUUCCAGUGCAGCGCUACAGCCACAAAGUACAGAGGAGAUGCAGCAGAUCUUUCCCCGAUCAGUCCAUUUGGUGGUCGGCCUGAUGAACAUGUGUGCAAGGAGGAUGCUGUGUGAGCUGGUGCUGUUGGUACCAUUGCUGCUGACCUUCAGGCAGCCGGGGGCAGACUCCCGCAGGCUAGGGGGCGCUGUGGAGGAGCAGGGCUGGUCAGGGCUGGAAGGCAUCGAGUACAGCCACUUCAGAGACCAACUCAGACGCCAGCAAGACAAGAGAAGGAUCAUGAUGGAGUUGAUUGGCAGCAACAAAUCUUUGGCCAUUGAGAGCCCUCAUAUUUCCAUCAGCUGGCUAUCUAUGGUGGCCAUGGAGGACAUUGUGGAGUUUGCUGCUCUCAGUAGCGUUGCUCCAGAAUACCUGAUUCAGAGCCUAAUGUACAGACUGAGACUAUAUGAACAAAGACUGGACAACAACACAACUCCUAAAGUUCUUGAGGUAGCUGAAGGCAUACUAACCCUCUUGCUGACGAAAGUGGACAGCAACAAAGAGAGGCUGUGUGUCUCUGAGUGGGUCAUGGCUAUUUUUGAGUGUUGCAUCUGCGUACACAACAGCACCUGCACCAUGGCACGACUCGUUCCCUCAUACAAAUCAGUAGUCCUGUCCUUCCAGCUCUUGCUGAAGUUUGCAGAAGUUGUAGACAUGCAGAUUUCAAAGACCACUGAGGGUGAGGAGAAGGUUCACAGGCAGGCUAAGCUUGUUGAGAGACUGGAAGACAUCCAGCGUCAAUGUGGCCAGUGGAGGGACAAACUUGUUCAAUUGCCAUUGCUGAAAAACUCCAAGUUUUCUUACCCUAAAGAAGUAGAGCUGUGGGAUGCGUUAUUCGGUGUGGAGUGCACUGUAAAAGAUGUCACACCUCAGUGGAGAAGCCAGGUGGAGAGUGACUUGAGGAAAAGGAUCUCACAGCUUCAAGACAGGGACAGAGUUGGUCUUUGUUGUCUUGAAACAGCGGUCGCAGCGAUAAAGAAAACCCAUGUGACCAUCCAAACCUGCUUUGAGGAUUCCUGCAUGUCAUCAAUACAGAACAUUUGCAAAAGUGAGAAAGAGGGGGACCUUGUGAAGCAUGUCUUGCAGUGUUCAUCCGGGCCACCUGUCUGGCUGCUGUCUGCCAUCAUAAGGGAGUCUUCAGCCCGAUUCACUGCCAAGCUAGUGGAACAGCUCCUGGAGCCCCAGUCGGCCAUUUUCCAGCUGCUCUCUCAUGCAGGCAGUCAGCCGUGGUCACUGGAUGAUGAUGCUAACGCUACAAUGCAACAAUGCCAAGCUUCCUUUGUGGAACUGCUUAACGACUUAGUCCAUGGUGAUGUUCGUCUUGGUCAUCUGAAGACCACUUUGAAACACCGAGAGAACUUCAAAAGGCUUUAUGCUCAGUGUAAAAGAAUUUUAAAGGACAAAGUCAUCUCUCUUGAUCCAGAGAAGCUUUUAGUUCUUAGGAAGGACGACCUAGGGAUCUUUGAAGAUCACAGAGCACACAUGGAUACUCUGAUCAAAAUGAUGGGGAAGAUCUCAGAAGUCAUUGUUGCACCAGAGAUGGAAAACCUUGAGCAGUGCCACAAAGCUGAUCUGGACAACAUACUUCUCAAUGAGCUUGUGUCCGUUCAUACAUUCAGUUCUGAUGACCAGGAAAAAAUUACAUUCAGUUCUGUUUUAUGGUACGACACCGAAUUCGAGAUUUUGGAGAUGGCCAGGAAGAUGCACGAGGUGCGAGGUAGCAGUCUCCUCCUGAGCUACUGGGAAGAGGAGAGCAAGUCUUUUGUAUCCUGGGCUGCCGGUGACAGGCCCGUGUCUCUCAGCCUGUUGCGUGUUAAAGAAGAGGUCUGGGAACCCUGUUGGCAUGACUACCUACAGCUGGGGGAGGCGAUGGCAGAUGCAUCUGUGACCUUCAAGCAGCUGGAUAUGACCUUGAAGAGGGCAGGUGACCAGGGCAGCGGUGUCCAGAUCAAUACGGAACUUAUCCUUCUGGAGAACAUCCUGAAAGAUCACAGAGGUCUGACGCCAGGAUGGGCUGACCAGAGACGGCAGCAGAUACAGCAGUAUGGGCAGCUCCAUGAGGCGUCGGAAUCCGCAUGUGUCAUUCUGAAGAUCCGAGAUAAGCUCGAGUUGACAGGAGACUUUCAAAAAAUCCACUGUCUUACUCAGAUGAGAACAGCCCAUUUUCAACAGAGGCCACUGUCAACAAUGAGCGAUGAGCUCAUCAAAGCGAAAGACCUAUUGACACAAGUCACCCCCCAGCACACUGCCAGUCUCCAAGCACUCCUGGGAAGCUAUGACCUGGUCACAUGGGUCAAAAGCAAUCUCAAAAACUUGAGUGAUGUGAAGGUCUUUGUGGACUUGGCUUCGAUUUCUGCUGGGGAGAACGACACAGAGAUUGACAGAGUGGCCAACUUCCAUGAUGCCGUCAUGGGCUACAGUCCCCUGCUGUACUCCCUGGAUACCAGCGCAGGGUUCGACCACUUCAUGGGCUGUGUCCAACAGCUUUGGGAUACACUGAAUCGAGAUGACAAACUCCCAGAUAAACUGCGUCAUUCUAACACCUGGCUGGAAUGGUUGAAGGGGCUGAAAGAGACCCAUGGUUCUGUGGAGCAGUCUUCUCUGUCUCUGGCUGCAGACAUCAACACUCACGGCGUAUACCAGGUCCAGAGACUGCAGGGACAAAAUGACAAGUGGAAUCUGCAAAGCAUGCUUGCUGUGAGAGUGAGGAAGGAUGCUGUGGCCAAGACGUAUGGACUCAAUGAGCUGCUGGAGUUACAAAACAAACUGAUGCUGAUGUCCUCAAAGGGAGAUCAUGGCAAGGAGCAGGUCAACAGGUUCACUCAGGUUUUUGAAGGGGUUCAGAGACUGGCUGAAAACCUCCUGCAGCUACAGUCUGUUGGCAAUAUGCUGUUCCGGGAUUGGGAGGCCACAGUCCAUUGUAGCGGAAAGGAGCCCUGCAUUGAAGUCCGUGUCCAUCUGCUGCAGAAGAUUGUCCUAUACAAAGGAGAGGUGACUGAAUGCCUGUCCGAUCUCUGCCAUUCCAUGGAGGCUUGUUCGAAAGACUGGUGUGCCUAUUUAUCUGAGACACGGUCACAGUUUCCCUCUGUGAACCACUACUCCUCAGAACAGUUGGUCUACUUGAGCAAAUCAAUCCACGACAUCUGUACCAAAUGUGUCUCUGUACCACAGCAGGUCUGGCAUCUAUUAGCCCCUGUUAAAUUAGGCUGUACGUUAAGCGAUGUAAAGCGAGCGUUCAAGAUGGCAACAGCUGUAGAAAACACCAAUUCAGACGUUGACUGUGCUGAUGUACAAAACUCUGACAUGAUUAGUGAGGAUGGCAGUGAAGACGGCAGAGCUGAUCUUUCUGAUGAUGAUGAAGAGGAUGUAGAGUACACCACAGAUGAGGGAGAGGAAUGGACGGAAGAACUGGCCAGUAGGCUCUCACUUCAAAAUGACGACGAUAACACGAUGGACAUGGAAUCUCCUGAGAGGUUAGAUGGUCUUUGGCAGAGUUUCAGAGAUGACAUGGCGAGGUAUCUGAAGGGUCAAAUAGACCUGAGAACCCUGGCAAGCUUCCUGACUUUCCUCUCCCAACUGAAUGAACACCACAUCAAGAGAAAUCUUCCCCCUGGUUACCAGGAAGGAAGACCUAACCUUGUGCUUUGCCCAGCAACAGAGGUGCUUAGAACUGCCCUGUCUGUUUACAUGGAAAGCCCAGACCAGGCCCUUCCAUCUACUGACGAGGUCCUAAUAUGCCAGGAAGACACCACUGAAGAGCAAGUUGAGAUAUUUCUGCGACGGUGCCUCACUAGGUGUGUUGCCAUGGAUCACCAGAAGAUCUACACUCUGGUUAAUCCAGACCUCCUGACGUACGACGUGAGUGUGGGCCUGGGGGAGCGCUUUGAGGCCCUCGACAAGAAAGCAGGUCCUCACUACCGUCUGGUGAUGGUGUGUCCGGUGACCCACCAGGGCCGAUAUGUUCCGUCUUUCUUCAGCAACUACAAAGUGUUGCAGGCAGGAAUAAACUCCACAGCUGAGAAAGCAAGAAAGUACAUCUCUCAUCACUUCAGCAUUCCCUCACAGCACCGUCCCAAAGGCAUCUACCCUGAAAACCUGUCAGUUUGGCUAAUAUCAUCUGAACGGCCUGCUGUUGGGAAGUCUCUCUACAUCACACGUUUAUUUGAGAGAUUCCAGACGUAUCUCCCGAGUGCUCAGUACAUAAGAAUCACUCUUAUCGAGCCACGAGUUGAUAUGAAUGCAUUUCUAAAGACAUUAACUGAAAAGCUGAAUCACUUGAGAGAGCAAGACCCUGUUCUUUUGCACAUUGACACCGCAGCAGUUCGAUUUGGGAUAGAAGAGUUCUUGUUCCAGUUCCUGAUACUGGGAAGUUUGAGUGACAGAGAGGGAACUCUUUGGAGAAGGAAUGUGUUGCAUCUGCUGUCCAUAGAGGUUCUGCAACCUCUCUCGGUCUUCCAAGUGCAGCCAAAAGAGGUACCCCUUCGGCCUGAUACAGGGCUUCUUUGCACAUUGCCCACCAUCCAUUGUAGACCACCAAAAGAAGUCAAAGAUCUCCAGCUGAAAAUUAACAACAAGCAGAUUCCGAGAACUUUGGAUCCUUUAAUGGAUGACCAAGAGUUUCGAGGUGAAGGGAUUCAAAGACCAUACCAAUAUCUGAGACAAUUCAACCGAAACGCAAACUUGGAUCGAUUUAAGUAUGUGGAGGGGAGUGUAGAGGGAAAUCAUGUAGACUGCCUUCACCAUCUUCUGGCCAACUGUGGCUUAAGGGAGCCAUCCUGGGCUGAGCUGAAGCACUUCACUUGGUUCCUGAAUCUACAGCUUAAAGACUGUGAGCAUUCCAUCUUCUGUGAUGCAGACUUUUUUGCAGAACACUUGCCUGGAUUCAAAACCUUCAUUGUGAAAUUCAUGAUCCAAAUGUCCAAAGAUUUCGCCUCACCAUCCAUGAACAUAUCGGACCAGAGUCCGUCUCUCCUUAGCGAUGAGGAAAAUGAAGACGACAUUCUGGCUCGUCUGACAAUCCGGAAGAGAUGGGAGACCGAGCCCCACCCUUACAUUUUCUUCAACGCGGACCACAUGUCCAUGACCUUCCUGGGGUUUAAUGUGACAAAACACCCAAGGAGCAGCAUGCUCAAUGCCGUCGACCCAGUGACCAGGAGUGUCUUAGUGGGAAAUGUGAUGUCUCCAGAGCUGUUUGUAGGUCUGGAACGUCAGCGCAUCUCUCUGCAAGAAGAUUUUGACAGCUUGCCGAGAGAAACCAAGAUCAAGAAACUUUCCUUUGUUGUCGGUUCAAACAUGAGCAGGAUUGAAGAUCCAGACCCAUCCUAUGAACUCACAGCCGACAAUGUGAAGAAGAUGCUGGCAAUCCACAUGAGGUUCCGUUGCGGAAUCCCCGUGAUUAUCAUGGGGGAAACUGGCUGUGGCAAGACCCGGCUUGUGCGCUUCCUAUGUGAUCUCCAGAGAGAAGGUAGAGACGUCCAGAACAUGAAGCUGGUCAAAGUCCACGGUGGCACCACUGCUGACAUCAUCUACAGGAAGGUGAGAGAGGCGGAACGUCUGGCAGAGGAAAAUCAAAGGAAGUACAAGUUGGACACGGUUUUGUUUUUUGAUGAGGCUAAUACAACGGAAGCCAUCUUUGCCAUCAAAGAAGUGCUCUGUGACAGGGCGAUCAGAGGGGUCCCUUUGAAAGCCAACUCUGGCCUGAAAAUUAUAGCUGCCUGCAACCCCUACAGAAGACAUUCCCCAGACAUGGUAACCCGGCUGGAGCGCGCUGGCCUGGGAUACAGAGUUACGGCAGGGGACACGGAGGACAGGCUUGGCAAAGUGCCUUUACGUCAGCUGGUUUACAGGGUCCACCCCCUGCCUCCAAGCUUGAUACCCCUCGUGUGGGACUUUGGGCAGUUGAGCAAUGAAGCCGAGCUCUCUUACAUUAUGCAGAUAGUUAGGAAGCAGUCAGAAGACAACCACUUUCCAAGGAUUUGCCAGGAAAUAAUAGCAAAUGUGUUGGCAGUCUCGCAGAGAUACAUGCGCAGUCGGGAGAAUGAAUGCAGUUUUGUCAGCUUAAGGGAUGUAGAAAGGUCCAUGAGGGUGCUGGUCUGGUUUUACAAUCACAAAGACCAAAUGUUUCACCACUGUUCAGAAGUCAACACUGGUCUGCUGAUUCUGAAAUGUCUCGUGCUUGCUGUGGGAGUUUGCUAUUAUCCAUCCCUUGAAUCAAAAGCGGAGUACCUGAAAACCAUUAGCAAAUACUUUCCAGAACCACUCAACAACCAACAUGCCAUUGAGAAGGAGAUCAUUGACUGUCAGGAUCUGUUUCUGGACAAGAUAAAGACAAGAGAAACUAUUGCCAAAAACAAUGCUUUGAAAGAAAAUGUGUUUCUCAUGGUAGUCUGCAUUGAAUUGAGAAUUCCACUAUUUCUUGUUGGCAAACCAGGAAGUUCAAAAUCUCUGGCAAAAACUGUGGUUGCCGAUGCCAUGCAGGGCCAGAAUUCACAGUGCGAGUUCUUCCAGCAACUUAAAGAGGUGCACAUGGUCUCUUUCCAGUGUAGUCCCCAUUCAAGCCCAGAGGGAAUAAUUGGAACUUUCCGGAAUUGUGCUCGUUUCCAGAAGGAAAAGGACACGGACAGGUACGUGUCGGUGGUGGUGCUAGACGAGAUCGGCCUGGCCGAGGACUCUCCACAGAUGCCCCUCAAGACGCUGCACCCUCUGCUGGAGGACGGCUGUAUCGACAGCGACGAGUCCGACCCGUACAUGAAGGUGGGGUUUGUGGGCAUCUCCAACUGGGCCCUUGAUCCGGCGAAAAUGAACAGGGGCAUUUUUGUGUCCCGCUGGGACCCAAGCAAUAGAGAGCUAGAGGAGACAGCUCAAGGCAUUUGCUCAUCAUCAAACCCCAUUUUGCUGAAAAUCAAGCACCUCUUCCCAGAGCUAGCAAAGGCAUUUUUGAAAAUUUGUUCCCAAAGCCAGUUCUUUGGAUUAAGGGACUAUUACAGCCUCGUGAAGAUGAUUUUCGCCAUUGUGAGAGCAUCAGAUAGGGAACCCAGCGACAGUGAAUUGGCAGAAGCCAUAUUGCGCAACUUCAGUGGACAGUGUGACGAUUUUGAACCACUCACCUACUUCCAGAGUGUCUUCCAAAACUUCAAAGAGAUACCUCAGCCUACAACACUGGCUAUGGUUGAACAGAAUCUUGCUUGCCGCAACAGCGAGUGUCGCUAUUUGCUUAUACUCACCACCAAUAAUGCAGCCCUUCAUAUCCUUGAGCAGCACAUCUUCUCCAAGGGCAAGUACGCCACCCCAGAAAUCGUCUUUGGCUCAGGAUUCCCUAAAGAUCAAGAGUACGCUCAAAUCUGCCGCAACGUCAGCCGUGUGAAGACGUGCAUGGAGACCGGCCGCACGGUCAUUCUCCUGAACCUCCAGAACCUGUACGAGAGUCUCUAUGAUGCUCUAAAUCAGUACUAUGUCUACCUGAGUGGGCAGCAGUACGUGGACCUGGGACUUGGCUCGCACCGGGUGAAGUGCAGAGUUCACAAGGACUUCAGACUUGUAGUCGUGGAAGACCAAGAGAAAGUUUACAAGCAGUUCCCAGUGCCUCUGAUUAACAGACUGGAAAAGCACAGGGUGAACAGGAGCACCGAUCUUACACCGUGGCAGCUGAGGGUCCUGGGGAAGCUAAUGGAAUGGAUUGAGGAAUUUUGCAAACACUCUGAGGAGUUCAAACCAGCAGAUGUCUUUGUUGGUUUCCAUAACGAUGCUUGUGCAAGUGCCCUGCUGCAAGCCUUGGAAAUGAGAGACAGGAUGAGGUGUUUCUUUGGUCAGAAUGUUGCUGCAGACUCCCCAGACAGUGAUCCAAAGCAACCGGCCAUCGAAGACGAGACCAUGUCUCAAACUACGAGGGAAGAACUUGAACCAUUUGAAGCUGUUGGCAACAGUGAACAUGAGCUGAUACAAAGCACUGACCAGGCAGUUGAAGAGAUGCUGAGUCUUCCAGAUCAGAGAGAAACUCCCCAAGGAGGUUCUGAAAGCCAAGAAAGAGAAGACGUGGAUGUGCAAAUGGUUGCAGACAAAGAUCAUGGUUCUGAUGGUAAAAAGUCGGUAGAUCCCUCUAUAGAGCAAAACCUUGGUGAAGACGUUCAGAUGGACAUGAAUGUGUCAACGCCAGAGGAUGAACCCUCUGAAAUGUCAAGUGAGAGAAUGGAGGAAGAGGUCUUUGGUUGUGCCAAGAUGCUCUUGAUGAACUGUGCCACCCCUGACUCCGUGUUGAGACUAAAGUACGCAAGGCUUGGGAAUCAAGAGAAAGGGGAACUUCAGAAGAUGUACUUCCAUGAUCAACACCAUCGCUCCUUGAGGGAUUUCAUCAACACCCAUCUGGACCAGGAUGACAACCACUGUGGAUUUGUAGAGAUAACUACAUUCUCUAGUUUGCUCACCAAAGCUGAUGUGCGCACAGUUGCCCAGGGACUGGGCCUGUCCACUGAAAGAAUGCUUCUGCUCUCACUUCAUCAGUUUGACACAGAAACCUCUUUCUGCAGCAGAAUUCGGCACUUCCUCCAAAAUGGCCUUCAGGGUCUCCAUGUCUUGCUGGUUCAGAUGGACACUGAAGAAACCAAAUGUAGUGAGGAACUCAUCGCAUCAGCAAAGUACUGCACCAUGAAUGAACUGAAUUCUGUUGCAUUGCAUGAGUCCCGUUGCCUGGUGAUCUUCAUCACUAAGUUGUCAAGAAUGACAGCUGGUCCUCAGUACAUUGGUUUCCAAGGCGGUGUGUGGUAUUCUGUCCAUAUUGAUGAUCUCAGAGACACAGAGGAUAUGAGUUUGGAUCUCUCUGCUUUGUGUGGAAACACGAUGAGUGCCCUGAUGUCCCAAUCAGUUCCCAGUCCAGCUGCCAUGACACAAGAAGAAGGUCUCACAUCAGUGGAAUCGCAACACGGAGAUAAUGCACACCUGGACAGCUUGUGCCUGGUGAGGUCCUGCGCCCAGAUGGCAGUGGCUCUGCUGAAAGACACCCAGACCUCCCGGAGCAUGGAGCGCAUCCGGAUAGUCAUAGGACUCCUGGGGGAAUCCACUGGCAAAACUACUUGUGCCCGUUUUCAGAGGGUGCUGCUGAAGAGGCUGGUGGCCAUCUUGGCUGAGAGGGAAGAGGUCAUGCUUUGUCCUCAAGACUGGGUCAACAAGGAGGCCAAAAAGAGGCAGGCUUUGCAAGAAAGCGGCACACUGCGGCACACACUGUGGCGCUGCUUGCAGACUGCUCUUACACCUGUGUUGGCACGGGUCCUCGAAGUGCUCGACAGGGAUGCCAAUCUGGACCUGGCCUACUGCGCUGGGCUCAGUGACGGGCUCAUUGGCCUGUGGUUGGACAUCGCCAGUGACCAGCAGAUAUUGGACCUCACCCUCAUACACACGUCAAGUACAACAGAGGAGGAGAUCCCUGUGCAGGGUCACCUGGUGCUGGGAGGUCGCAGCCAGCCCUCUGCUGCCCCCUUCAGUUGGCUCAUCAGAACACACUACCAGGAGCUGUGGGACGAAGCCCAGUUUAUUCCUGGCCAGCAACAGAGUGACAGUCAGAGGGUUCAGCAGUUCGUCACCUCAGCGUCCAGCAGCCGUCUCAGUGGAUGCUUCAGUAAGCUGUCGGAGCAGGACCGGCAGGAAUUCGGGCUGCGCUACCUUCGGGACUUUGUGCUGCUCUCUUUCAAAGUUCAGUCGGAGGAGGAACUUCAGGUUCUGAUCAGAGCCGAGCUGGGUUGUGUUCAUGCUCUGCAGUGCUCCAUGUCAGUGUCCCCAGCCCCGCUGCUCUCUCCUGCCUGGAUCCUCGCAGCACACCGACGCUAUGCUGCACGGCUGGACACGCUACAUCACAUCCUUCAGCUACAGCCGCAUCUCGCACACCAGAUCCUACAGAAGGACUCGCAGUGGGACACCACAGAAAUGAGAGAAGACAUCUGGGCGCUUGGCAUGUGUGUGGAGGAGACAAAGCUUCAGGCUGUGACGUCGCUGCAGGAGUGCCGGGAGUUUCUUCAGAGGGUGCUGCUGUUGAAGUCCUGUGUGGAGGGCGCUUUUGGCCAGAGCUACAGCGCCCUCUGCAGUCCUGGAUGCAUACAACACCUCAAUGCUAUCAGGGCUUCAUGGUGUGGGAUGCUGUCAGUUGCUGCCUUUAUAGAGCAGGUGGUUCUGGAGGUCAACAGGAGAGACGCCAGGACGGAGGACCUCACACUCAAACACUGCAGCCUCAUACACAAGUUGAUGGAGGAAUGCCCGGAUCUUCAGAAUAAAGACGGUCUGCAGCAGCUUAUUCGCAUCCUCAACUCCUACCACGAGGAAUCUAUCAGCAGAGACCUAAGGUUCGGCUUGACAUGCCCAGUGUGCCUGUGUGCCCUGUCGGAGCCGUGUGCUCUGCCAUGUCAUCACGUGUUCUGUCAGCUAUGCCUCCAGCGGAGCCUUGGAGGAGCUGGGACCAGGGGAGGGCCAGGGAGAUGCCCCAAGUGCAGGACGGCACUGCCAGCAGACUUCCAGCCAACAGUCUCUCACAGCAUCAGGGCUUCUCUGGAGCAGCAUGAUCACAUGAGGAGGUGCUGCAACUCCUUCUUCCUGGAGGUGGUGUCUCGCUUCUGCCUGCGGCGGGGAGAGGAGACUCAGGGGGAGGGAGGAGACGCGCCCAGGGAGGAGGUGGUGGAGCUGCUCUUCUCUCUCCUCAUCUCCACACAAGGUGGUGUGUACAAGACCAGAGAGCUCAGCCCCUUCCUGGAGUGUGUGGACCAGAGUCCUGUGGUGCGCUCUGUUCUGCCCAAGCUACUUCUGCAGCACAGUUUCCUGCAGGUGAAGGGUCACAUCCAGAUUUACCUGCAGGACCUGCAGCAGAACCUCAUGAUGGCCACUGAGGACCGCACAGAGCUCUACCUCCUCUUCACCAACUGCUUCCAAGACACUCUGCGCUGUGCAGCGGGGGGUGUGGACAAUAAGGAGACACAUGAAACUCGUCUCCAUGACGACACGGCCUUCCUGAGCCGCCUGGCGCGCAGGCAGAUACCCGACAGGCAUCAGGACCCAGCGGAGUUCCUGCUCUCCCUCGCCCGCCUCAGACUCUGCCUUGGCACAGCCGCCACUCUCUUACAGAGGGCCCUGGGACAGGGGCAAGAUGUGCUUGGUGUCUCAGAGCAGCAGUACCUGGCACAGGUGAGGGCGGUGUGUGAGUACUGUGGGCAUGACUGGUACCGCGUCUACCUCCUGCGUGCCCUCAGCAGGCUGGCGGGCAUCGACGCAGUUCUGGCGCUCAUGAACAGCCAGCUCUGGGCAUGGGCAUUUCCUGCCAACAUCAUCAAACUGCAGAGGUUAAUUCCCGCUGAUGUGGACAGGUUCCUGUGCUGUGGUCCGGCAUACCGGAUGCUCAGAGAUGCGGCUGGACAGGCUUUUCUAGAAGCAAAGACCGACUCCCUGGAAACCGCCAUGCAAGUGGCAUCAGGCACGAGGCGGUCCAUCACAGGGCAUCUGGUGCUGCUGACCAUGGCCAUUUUCAGGCAGGUCACCUGUCGUCUCCUGUCCCCAGACGCCAACCUCCGCCCAGGGCCUCAGGAGUUGGGUGUUUUAGAGGGCUUCCUGAAAGCCAAGCUUCGAGGUGAGCUGCAGCACUUCAGCGCCGCCCUGUUGUCCAAUCAUAUCGGAGGACGCGGCUCCCCUCUGCAGCUCUGCAGGGAGAUGUCAGCUCAGCGGCGCACCCUGCUGGAGCUGUUGGUGCAUGCAGGUGCAGUGCUGCUCUCUGGGACGCCUCUGCUCUCUCAGCUGCGACUCAUAGCCCAACAGCCACGCAACAUGCGGCAAGUGUUUCUGCCAACGAUGCCCGAUGACUACAGCAGUGAAGCUCAGCAGUGGAUGGCAGGCGGGAGGGAGGGCAACGCCCAGGCCUACCGUAAGUAUCCAAUCACACGGGAGGGUAGCGCCCAGGCCUACCGUUGUUCCAAUGGACAUGUUGCUUUUGUUGGCAAAUGUGGAAGACCUAUGGCUUUAUCCAAAUGUGCCGAGUGUGGUGUUCCUAUUGGAGGGGAGAACCACACUCCUGUGGCAGGGUUUUCCCGGGUGAGUGCAGGGGUGGCAGAUCAGACCCAGCGUGGUCAUGCCCUGGGCAACGCCAGGCAGAGAUCGGAGGCCCCCAACAGGCAGAGGACAACGAUCCAGUCAGCUCUGCUAAGGCUGCUCACACACCUGGCUAUGAUGCUGGGGGCGUCACAGGACCUGGAGGGCGUUCGAGCCAUGGUAACUCAGCCUGUAGGCGAUGUGAUCGAGUUCCUGUUUCACCAUCUGGAGAAAGACAUGGAGGUCAUCGGGAGAACGCUGGACCUAAACCUGGAUGACACCGCCAUCACCAUUCACCUAAUCUUACAUGCUGCACUGGCAUUUUCAGGUGGUUCCCACCAGCAAAGGGCAGACUUGUCUUCCAAACAGGGUCGAGAGCAGUGGGAGAAGACCGUCUGUACUGCCAUCAUCGAUCCCGUAAUUCAGGACCUGAACAAGAAGUUGACACAUGCUCAGGAGGCCGUCAGCUCUGACGACCGAUUGGCCGGCAGCCCUUUGCUAAGGCUCCUCCGCUCCGACCCUAGACCAAUCCUGGACCACCCCCACCCGUCCGGCAACCCCGACUGCUCCACCCACCACUCCUCCUUCUGGAGCGUUCCCGAGAUCCUGAGCGUAGAGCGCCUCACGCAGGUGGUAGAGCAGCGUGCAGACAGGGGUGCAGUGCCACUGCUACAACUCUUCCUGCAAAAGGUUCCGUGUGUGAGGCAGCUGCGCCAUCUGCUGGAGCUGUUGAGACUGCAGGGAGACCUGAUGAGGGUUUUCCCCUCCGAGAGCCCCCUCUCCCUCUCCUCACACACCAUCACACAGCUGCUGCAGCAAAUCCACAAAGGUCAUCAGAACGCAGCCCUCGUGUCCAGAGUGAAGACCUUCAUAGACGUCUGGAACUGCCUGAGGAUGGAGCUGGCCAGAGACCCUGAGAGAGGCGUUCCUCAGGCCCUGUGUGAGACGGAGUUGACCAUGGAGAGUUCGGGGGCGUACCUGUCUCCUAGUCGCCAUGGCGCCGGCUCCUGUCUCCGCCUCCUCAUCGACUACCUGGCGGACACACACAACGGCCUGGUCAGGGAGGCACGCAGACUCAACCAGGAAGACAGUGAGUACAGCGUGAGUGAGGAAGGUCUGUCUGAGAGCCACCUGGCGCUGUGCCACCCUGAGCAGGAGCUGCUCCCCCUAGUGUUGGCCCAGUGCCACUACACCCUGGAGAGGGGCCGCCAGACCAGCAGCAGCUACAACCUGCCGGCCGCCCAGAGGGAGCUGAGCCGACGCUUCCUGGCCGGAAAACCAACCAUACAAGUGGAGCCGUCUAAAUACCUGAAUCGUCGGCAGCAGGACUUCUCUGCGGUUCUGGCUGACGUACGACGUCUGAUCCCUCAGGAGCCCGUGAAGGGUUCCGUGUCAGGGGACAUGAGGCUGGUCCUUCGCUCCUUCACUGACGUGUGUGACGCGGUGGUCGCGGUGGAGAUCGGUCUGCGUUUCCUGGGGAAGACCGGCGGGGAGAGGGACGCGUCGCUAGUCUCCUACCUCAGGGACUCACUCAGGAUGGGAGAGCAGAUAUCCAGCAGCAUGGCCAAGGCAUUGGGGGAGAGCAGGCUGCAGCACUCCGUAGCCACCUGGCAACUCCUCACCUGCUGGAAAUCAGAGCUCAUGAUCACGCGACGACAGGAUCCCUUUCAGCAUCUGUCCUCCGAGUACCAGGACAAGCUGUCUAGAGAAGAGACGAGUGAGCUUAGGAGAUUCCUGGGCCUGACUGACGUUGACUACUUUACUCGAGAGCUCCACGAGAUCCUUCUCUUGAAGACCAACGCAGAGAGCCCUGAAGCCUAUGCAUCUCACUGGGACAUCACAUCCACCCUGGAGACCCAUCUGGACCAGAAGGGCCUGCAACCCCCACCCAGCCUCCACGCACUCCCCGACAGUCUAACCAUGAAGCAGGCGGCCCAGGUCUGGAAGACAGCAGUGGCAUUCAAAACAUGAGCAAUGGCACUCAGAAAAAAAAAAACAUUUGGGAGACUGUGGUGGCAUUUAAAACAUGAGCAUUUGUUAGACUGUGGUGGCAUUUAAAACAUAAGCAUAUGGGGGACUGUGAGUGUGUGAGGUCAUCAGUCACUGUGGAUCAGAUUUAAGUACUUUUUUGCUUUUUGAUUGUCUCCUGCUGUUGUUGUUUGCAAGUAUGUGUCUCAAUUCCACUUUGCUGGACCAGUGCAUAGCUUCAGGAGUUUAAUUUCCCUUUAAUCACUGCAUCCUGAAGAUUUUGUAAUUAUGAAUUAAUUAAGUUUACAUUCAUUCCAAUGUCAGGGUUUCUUAUAACUUUUGUCUAAUGUCUGGGUUU